AUGGACAACACCGACGAGGAAUAUGACCGGCUCAUUAAACACCUUCACGACUGCACGAAGAAGGCUGAGACGUGGAGCAGCACGAGCCGAAGAGAACCAAGAACUCACGCUAGAGCUCGCAAGGUUUUGCAGGGAGCGAUAAAGGAAGAUCUUAAAGAGAGAAGAGCAGAAGUGCUGGCUGAAGCUGCAGAGGCGGGGAAAAGCAUCCGCUAUGCCCGUCGAGACUUCGCCAGUCGCAAGACGAGGAUGACUGCUCUCCGGAACCCAAAGGGAACAGCCAUUGCAUGGAGAAAGGGGAUGGAGAAAAUCAUCUACGACUUCUACUCUGAUCUCUUCAACAGCCAUGUCCACUUGCCUCCUCACCAUCUGAGGAAAGACGGACAUGUCAUUCCAAAGAUUCUCCCGUCCGAAAUUCGACAUGCUAUCAUGUCGGUAAGAAAUCGUACGGCAAACGGUCCCGACAGAAUAAGACCAGAACACCUGAAGAGCCUUCCGCCAGUACUCAUCAACACCCUGGCGAGGCUCUUUACAGGUUACCCGUCGGAAUGCAAGAUUCGUAAACAGUGGAAAACUAGCAAGACCGUGUUGUUGUAUAAAAAGGGAGAUCCGCAUGACAUCGGCAACUAUCGCCCAAUCUGCUUACUGACCGUCAUCUACAAGCUCUUUACAAGGGUGAUCUUUAAUAGGACUAAAAAAGUCUUGGAUGAAGGACAGCCAUGUGAGCAAGCAAGGUUUCGAAAAGGGUUCAGCACAAUUUACCACAUUCACACUGUUUCAAAACUCAUCGAGGUAUCAGGAGAGUACAAGAUGCCGCUCUGUCUCACCUUCAUCGACUUGAAGAAGGCCUUCGACUCAGUUGAGACAAAAGCGGUCGUGGAAGGGACGGUCGGUCCCUACUCAGUGCAUAAAGCCUCCCUCGAGAACGCAAUGCGAAAGUUGGAAUGGGACAACAUGGGAGUGAAGGUUGAUGGUCGGCAGCUACACCAUUUGUGCUUUGCUGAUGACAUCGUACUAAUAACACCUAGCAUCAGCGAAGCGGAACGAAUGCUGACCGAAUUCGACGAAACGUGUGGAUGCAACGGUCUAGCUGAAUCUGCAAAAGACGAUGUUCAUGCCUACGUUUACCUGGGUCGGGAUUUGAACAUGAUAAACGACCUGGUCCCCGAGCUGGGCAGGAGGAGACGAGCGGCUUGGGGAGCGUAUAAGACCAUCGAAGAUGUAGUGAAGAAGACCAGAAACGGCUGGCUCCGUGCUCACCUCUUCAACACCACCGUACUUCCUGCUUUGACCUAUGCUUCGGAAACCUAA